AAAUCCCGUCCGAGACAAACUCGCAAUGUCCGCAGACUAAAAUGCUAAAACAAAUGACAGCCGGUCGAUUUGAACACUUUGAACGCAAACGGUCGACUUCCGAAUUUGUAAAUGGAUCUGACGACGAGGCGAGGGGAGGAGGAGGUGGGGGGAGGAGGGGGCUGUGAGGUCACGAAGCCGGAGGUGAAGAAGACCAGCUCGUUCAGCAUCAGGAACCUGAUGGGGGAUUCCGACGGCGCGAGCAACAGCGAAGAAUACUUCACCCAAGACUACCAACCGCAGAAAUUCAGUAUGGGCGUCUCCGAGCCGCCAAAAGACGAUUCUCCCCGAACCACGCCCGAGCUCACCCGAACGCCCGACCUCAGGACGGACCAGUCUCCCCCCACCGCCCCGCCAGGGUCCGCAGACAGCGAUGACGCUGACGAGUUCGCGCCUAAGAGGAAGCAGAGGAGAUAUAGAACAACGUUCACGAGUUUUCAGUUGGAGGAACUGGAGAAGGCGUUUUCGAGGACGCAUUACCCUGAUGUGUUUACUAGGGAAGAGCUGGCCAUGAAAAUCGGAUUAACCGAAGCUAGGAUACAAGUAUGGUUCCAAAACCGCAGAGCAAAAUGGCGGAAACAAGAGAAAGUGGGGCCGCAGGGGCACCCUUACAACCCCUACCUUGGGGGCGCGGGGGGCGCUCCUCCCCCCUCCGUGGUGGCCUCCAUGCCCAACCCCUUCUCGCAACUGGGGUUUGGCUUCAGAAAGCCCUUUGACACCAAUGCGCUGGCGUCUUUUAGAUACGGCAGCUCACCAAUGCUAGGAGCACAAUACCUCGGCGCACCCCUCCCCCGACCCCCACUCUUCGGCGCCCCCCUCUACACCUCUGCCCCUCCAUUCCACUCCCUCCUAGCCGGCCUCGCUCCCCCUAGAAGAUCACCCGACCCCCCACCAGUUUCGCCCCCUAUCUCGCCAGGCAGUGAAUCCCCCCCAGCGGCUCCAGAAGUAGAAAGAAGGAGCUCGAGCAUAGCAGCUUUAAGAAUGGCCGCGAGAGAACAUGAGAUUAGGUUAGAGAUGCUGAGGCAGCGACACCACUCAGAUCUGAUCAGUUGAAACUAGGACAUUUGAUCCAGUGCUAAGACCCAAUGGUACUUAAACGAUUCACAAAU